AAGAAUUGUUGACAGACAACAUCUGAAACCAAAAGCGUUAAUUUCCGACGCUUAAUCAGUGUUCCUCAAAUAUACUAAUUGUGAUUUUGGAAUCUAUUUAAAUAGGCACGAUCUAAUCAUUAAAGAUAUAUACAUCUCCUCAACAAUGGAUAUUUCAUCAGCUACCUGGUGGUCUGAAAUGGAUGUUAUGAAUAUGAAUGAUCUUCAAUACACUGAUCACGGCCAGAUGAUGGCCACAUUUGAUGAUUUUCCAUUCAAUAAUGACCUAUUUACCUCUUGCACCUUCGAUAAUAUUCAAGCUUCUCAGGCUGCUGCUGGAAUAUUUGAGGAGAAACCAGCCUUUUGCAGUUCAACAAAAGCAAUUUACCAGAAUAAUACCACUUUUUCUUCUCCACCUUCUUCAUCCCCCAGUGUUAUUUCCUUUUCCAACUCCAAUUCGCCAUCAGCCACUCCUACUACUACUGCCCAAAACUACUUUGAAAAUUUGAAUACAUCUGUUAAGACUGAGAUUCCAUCAGGAACUACUUUAAACUUCUCCUCAUCAAAUACUUCUCCUGAUUCUGAUUACGAUGAUAGUAAGCAACUGUUCCAGGCCAUGGGAUUUGGCGCUGAUGAUAUUUCUCAGACGAAGAAGAUGAAUUAUAGUAGAACGCCUUUGCAGGCUCAAGACCACGUUUUGGCUGAAAGAAAGAGAAGAGAACGACUCACGCAGUACUUCGUAACUCUCUCCACCCUCAUCCCUAACCUAAAGAAGUUGGAUAAGGCAUCAAUACUUGGAGAUGCGAUUACAUAUAUAAAACAACUUGAAGAACAAGUAAAAAGGCUCGACGAAGAAGCUAAUAAGGAACCAGUAGUAGCAGUUAAGAGAAGUCGUUUGCUCUCAAAUUAUGACAAUUCUUCAACUUGUAAUGAAAACUCCAACAAAUCAGUCGUCCCAGAUAUUGAAGUUAGAGCUUCAGAUGGAAAUGUCCUGAUUAGAGUUAGUUGCAAAAAGCAAGAGGGAAUAAUAAAGGAAAUAUUCAGCCAAGUAGAAAUGUUUCAUCUCACUAUUACUAGUAGCAGUGUCAUCCCAUUUGGUUAUGAUACAACACACAUAACUAUUGUUGCUCAGAUGGAUCAUCAGUUGAACAUGACAACAGAUAAUGUCGCGAACAAAAUACGUUUAUCUAUAAUGAAGGUUAUCAAUAGCCAUGAAUAAGCCAUGUCUCUAGUUGCAUAGAGAAGAAUUUCAAAAGCUAAUUUUCAAAGGGACAGUGUAAAAUUUAGAUUAAUGUGAGGGUGGGUUUCAUGAUCGACUUGGGUUUUGGGUAAAAGGUUUUCACUAUUGUGGACUGGGGCAUUGUUUUUUGUUUCUUUUUUUCGGGUCACAAAGUUGGGACCUGUUUGAUCACAAUAGCCCCAGUUGUGCUUUUGACAAAUGAGGCUGACUCCCUAUUUUUUGACAAGUCAUGGAGCUCCAGUAAGUAGUCAUUUUCUUGUUCUCCUUUGGGGGACUGCUAGCUACAGGCCCAUACAUGUUGUCUGUUUUUGGGCUUUAGGUAACUAAUUUUUGGCCUUCUGUUGUAUACUACUCCACAAUUGUUUUUGUUUAAUUAUGUUGAUGGUGUAAUAAAUAGUACAUGUUUAUUGGUGUUAAUUAGUGGAAACCUCUUAUCGUCUC